GCAUUGCCAAAGCAUGGAAUCAGGCAUAUUUUGGGGAAGGAUCUGGCCCAGUAAUGUUGGAUGAAGUACGCUGCACUGGGAAUGAGCUGUCAAUUGAGCAAUGUCCGAAGAGUUCCUGGGGAGAGCAUAACUGUGGCCAUAAAGAAGAUGCUGGAGUGUCCUGUACCCCUCUAAUAGAUGGGGUCAUCAGACUUGCAGGCGGGAAAGGCAGCCAUGAGGGUCAUUUGGAGGUGUAUUACAGGGGACAGUGGGGGACUGUCUGUGAUGAUGGCUGGACUGAGCUGAAUACAUACGUGGUUUGUCGGCAGCUGGGAUUUAAAUAUGGUAAACAAGCCUCUGCAAACCAUUUUGAAGAAAGCACAGGGCCCAUAUGGUUGGAUGAUGUCAGCUGCUCAGGAAAGGAAACCAGCUUUCUUCAGUGUUCCAGGAGACAAUGGGGAAGGCAUGACUGCAGCCAUCGGGAAGAUGUUGGAAUUGCCUGCUACCCUGGCAGCGAUGGACACAGACUCUCUCUGGGUUUUCCUGUCAGACUGAUGGAUGGAGAAAAUAAGAAAGAAGGACGAGUGGAGGUUUUUAUCAAUGGCCAAUGGGGAACAAUCUGUGAUGACGGAUGGACUGAUAAGGAUGCAGCUGUGAUCUGUCGACAGCUUGGCUAUAAGGGUCCUGCCCGAGCAAGAACCAUGGCUUAUUUUGGGGAAGGAAAAGGACCCAUUCACAUGGAUAAUGUGAAGUGUACAGGAAAUGAGAGGUCCUUGGCUGACUGUAUCAAGCAAGAUAUUGGAAGACACAACUGCCGCCACAGUGAAGAUGCAGGAGUUAUUUGUGAUUAUUUUGGCAAAAAAGCAUCAGGUAACAGUAAUAAAGGGUCUCUCUCAUCUGUUUGUGGCUUGAGAUUACUACACCGUCGGCAGAAGCGUAUCAUUGGUGGGAAAAAUUCUUUAAGGGGCGGUUGGCCUUGGCAGGUUUCCCUUCGGCUGAAGUCAUCCUAUAGAGAUGGCAGGCUUCUCUGUGGCGCUACGCUCCUGAGUAGCUGCUGGGUCCUUACAGCAGCGCACUGUUUCAAGAGGUAUGGGAACAGCACAAGGAACUAUGCUGUUCGGGUUGGGGAUUAUCACACUCUGGUGCUGGAAGAGUUUGAAGAAGAAAUUGGAGUUCAACAGAUUGUGAUUCACCGGGACUAUCGACCUGACAGCAGUGACUAUGACAUUGCCCUCGUUCGAUUACAAGGGCCAGAAGAGCAAUGUGCCAGAUUCAGCAGCCAUGUUUUACCCGCCUGUUUACCACUCUGGAGAGAGAGGCCACAGAAAACGGCCUCCAAUUGUUACAUAACAGGAUGGGGAGACACAGGACGAGCCUACUCAAGAACACUACAACAAGCAGCCAUCCCCUUACUUCCUAAGAGGCUUUGUGAAGAACGCUAUAAGGGUCGGUUUACAGGGAGAAUGCUCUGUGCUGGAAACCUCCGUGAACACAAACGCGUGGACAGCUGCCAGGGAGACAGUGGAGGACCCCUCAUGUGUGAACGGCCUGGAGAGAGCUGGGUGGUAUAUGGGGUGACUUCCUGGGGGUAUGGCUGUGGGGUCAAGGAUUCUCCUGGUGUUUAUACCAAAGUCUCAGCCUUCGUACCUUGGAUAAAAAGUGUCACCAAACUGUAAUUCUUCUUGGAAACCUCAAGAGAAAAUAGUAUUUAAAGAAAUUGAUGGAAAACUUUCAACCUCUAAUAUCAACACUCAGCCAGAGAUGACAACAGGGACUGAGAUCCAUGUUUUGUGCUUUGUGUUGUUAUAGAAAUUGUGUACCCUUUGCUGCUUUUGAGAAUUUGUGAUGUGAAUAUUUUUGGUUACAGAUACCUCAGUGUAGUGUAAUACUGAUUAUCCAUACUUAGCAUUGUUGUCUGCCCAGAUUUCACUAGAUAGACUAAGCCUAUUAUUAUUUGAGCCUUAUUUAUCUCUGCCUAUUUCUCAACAUUCUAGAUUAUUCUACACUGAUUUCACAAUAAGCCUUUUUUUGUUUACAUUUGGAUUGACAACUCCUUAUAAUUGAAUCAAUAUGUACACAUUCAUACCAAGUACCCAUAUUUGACAUAAAAUACCCUUUACCAUACUCAAGAGUGGUAUUAUUUUCUAUUUAUGCUUAAAUAUUUCAAAAGACAAGAAAUCUUUUUAU